AUGAUGUUGCCGGUGAAACCAGCUACCCCUUCCCCGCCGCCCUCGGCCCCUCCCGUCCUCCCGGACUCACAACCUGAUCUGAUCCUUUUAGACUCUCCUCUGCCCUAUCCUAGGUUAACAGGCCUCGUGGAGCCCUUAAUGUUCUCCCGUCAACCCAUUUGGGAUGGCUGUCAGCAACUCCUGGGAACCCUCUUCACCACUGAGGAGAGAAAUAGGCUCCUAGAGGCGCGGAAAAAUGUUCCCGGGCGGGACGGACAACCAACGCAAUUGCAAGACCGCAUUGACAACAUCUUCCCCCUGCGCCGACCGGAUUGGGACCCCAACGUACCAGAAGGUAGGGAGCAUCUGUCCUCCUAUCGCCAGGCUCUUGUGGCAGGUCUCCGGGCAGCCUCCAGGCGGCCCACCAAUUUGGCUAAGGUAAGGGAAGGCGUUCAGGGCUCCCCCGAAUCGCCCACAGUCUUUUUAGAGAGGUUAAUGGAGGCCUAUCGGAGGUUUACGCCCUUUGAUCCGCAAUCAGAGGAACAGAAGGCCUCGGUGGCCAUGGCCUUUAUUGGCCAAUCAGCUGCGGAUAUAAGGCGUAAACUACGGUGCCUUGAUGGGCUCCAGGAUUUGACUCUCAGAGACCUAGUUAAGGAGGCAGACAAGGUUUUUCACAAAAGGGAGACAGAGGAAGACAAGGCAUUGACUAAAAUCCUGGCCACAGUAGUUAGUAACACAAGAGAAAAGGGGGUUUUGAGGCCCUGCCAGUCAGCCUGGAACACACCACUCCUCCCUGUCAAGAAGCCAGGAACGGGAGACUACCGACCAGUACAGGAUCUGAGGGAGAUUAACAGUAGGGUACAGGACAUACAUCCCACUGUACCUAACCCCUACAACCUUCUAAGCACCCUCCAACCUGACAGAACCUGGUAUACUGUAUUAGAUUUGAAGGAUGCUUUCUUCUGUCUACGGCUUUGUGAAAGCAGCCAACCAUUGUUUGCCUUUGAAUGGACUGAUCCAGAGGCCGGGAUAGCGGGGCAACUGACCUGGACAAGGCUACCCCAGGGCUUUAAGAAUUCACCCACCAUUUUUGAUGAGGCCCUCCACCAGGACCUGGGUCCCUUCAGAACCCGACACCCGGAGGUGACUCUGCUCCAGUACGUAGACGACCUACUGUUGGCUGCACCGUCUCAGGAGGAAUGUGAGUAUGGGACCCAUUCCCUAUUGCAAGAACUUGCUCAGCUGGGGUACCAGGCAUCAGCUAAGAAGGCCCAGAUAUGCAGGCGGGAAGUAACUUUCUUAGGAUAUACUCUCCGGGAAGGCAAGCGGUGGUUGACGGAGGCCCGGAAAAAGACUGUUGUGCAGAUUCCCGUACCUGCCUCCAGGAAACAACUCCGAGAGUUCCUAGGGACGGCCGGGUUCUGUAGACUAUGGAUCCCGGGGUUUGCAUCAUUAGCUGCCCCACUUUAUCCACUUCUAAAAGGGGAUGCGGAAUUUUCCUGGGGGCCAGAACAGCAGCAGGCCUUUGGUGACAUCAAGAGGGCCCUAUUGUCAGCCCCAGCACUGGCACUCCCCGAUGUUGAGAAACCCUUCACCCUCUACAUAGAGGUGCGAGGAGGGACAGCCCGAGGAGUCCUAACCCAGACCCUAGGACCCUGGAGGAGGCCAGUGGCCUAUCUGUCCAAACGCUUGGACUCAGUAGCAGGAGGAUGGCCCCGCUGUCUUAAGGCUAUCGCUGCCGCCGCUCUGUUGGCUAAAGAUGCCGAUAAACUGACUUUGGGACAAAAAUUGACCAUCAUAGCCCCGCACGCUCUGGAGGGCAUUAUCAGGCAGCCCCCAGACCGGUGGCUCUCAAAUGCACGCAUCACCCAUUAUCAGAGCAUUUUGUUGGAUAAGGAUCGAGUAACUUUUGGGCCCCCGUCUACCUUAAACCCUGCUACCCUGCUCCCGGACGAAGCUGCGGAUCCAGUCUUGCACUCCUGCCAGGACAUCUUGGCAGAGGAAGCAGGAAUCCGCCACGACCUGAAGGACCUUCCAUUACCCAACUCAGAAGUAACCUGGUUCACGGACGGUAGCAGCUUCCUGCGAGAUGGUAAGAGACAUGCGGGGGCGGCGGUGGUCAGCAGAACUAAGACCAUAUGGUCAGCAGGGCUGCCAGAAGGGACCUCAGCCCAGAAAGCGGAGCUGAUUACUCUCACAAGAGCCUUAGAAUUGGCUAAAGGAAAAAAGGCUACCAUCUAUACAGACAGCCGCUAUGCAUUUGCUACUGCUCAUGUACAUGGGGCCAUAUACCAGCAAAGAGGACUACUAACCUCAGCCGGAAAGGACAUUAAGCACAAGGCUGAAAUCCUUAGGCUAUUGGCGGCAGUUCUGCUGCCCACCGAAUUGGCUAUAGUCCAUUGCCCCGGUCAUCAGAAAGGAUCAGACCCUAUAGCCGUAGGAAAUCGACGGGCGGAUGAAGAAGCAAAGGCAGCAGCUCUUCGAGGGGCAGGAGUUCUAGCACUAAUAACUGAGACCCAAGAGGAGAAUCUGGCACCCACAACUGUUAAAAGUAAGGAACAAUAGGCGACUUCCUACUUACAGCAUGUUCAUCAGCUCACUCAUCUAGGUGCCAGAAAAAUGCAAGAACUGCUGAGGGAACAACCCUUUUCCUUAGCGGCUACAGAAAACAAGAGGUUGACGGAACAAGUAGCUAAGAAUUGUCAAGCCUGUCAGGCUGUGAAUGCACAUCCAUCCCAAACCUCAGAGGGAAAGAGACUAAGGGGGAAUAGGCCUGGCCAAUUCUGGGAAGUGGACUUUACUGAAAUCAGGCCAGCCAAAUAUGGGUUAAGAUUUCUCUUAGUUUUUGUAGAUACUUUCUCAGGAUGGGUAGAGGCCUACCCCACCCGGAGGGAAACAGCCCAAGUGGUGGUAAAGAAUUAUGGAAGAAUUUUUUCCUCGGUCUGGACUGCCCCAGGGCAGGUAGAAAAAAUGAAUAAAACAAUCAAGGAGACCUUAACUAAAUUGACCUUGGAGACUGGCAUUCAGGAUUGGACCAUGCUCCUACCUUACGCCCUGUUCCGCGCUCGGAACACUCCCUCACCCUCCAUGUAUAACCUGACCCCUUUUGAGAUUCUGUAUGGAACCCCACCUCCAAUCUCAAAAAUAUCACCUGCCACAGAUUCGAACUUAUUACCCCAUGCUCCUCUGCUUGCCAGGUUAAAAGCCCUAGAGGGAAUCCAACGAUUUCUCUGGAAGCCUUUAGCCUCUGCUUACCAACCAGGAGACCUCAAGGUGCCCCACUCCUUCCACGUUGGAGACUCAGUGUUCGUGAGGAGGCACCAGACCCACAGCUUAGAGCCCCGGUGGAAAGGACCCUACGUAGUACUACUGACCACUCCAACUGCGGUGAAAGUAGAUGGCAUCUCAUCGUGGAUCCAUGCCUCUCAUCUCAAGCCUGCCCCACAGCCGGGACCUGAAUGGACAAUGGAAAGGACUGACAAUCCUCUUAAGCUUCGCUUUCGCCGUAAGCCCUUGCCUGCCCAGUCCGAUGGCAGGUAA